AUGGAUAAUAAUAAUAAUAAUAAUGAAUCACAAGUAGAAGAAGAAAAGCAAAAACAAAGACAACUAGAUCUACAACAACUAUUCAAACAACAACAACAACAACAAAGACAACAAAGACAACCAAUAAAGAUUGAUCAAGUCAUAUGUAAAAGAGUUUGGAAUAAUGUAGUAAUUAGAAGAUUGAUCUAUUCAAAGAUUAGAGAAUGUGUACCGAUAUCGGAAGAGAAUAGGGUCAAGUUAAAGAGUCACUUUGCUCUCGCUAUGCAACAGUAUAAAACGGACCCUCAUCGUUUUGUACAGCUCGAAGGUAAUAGGAGGUUCUAUCAAUGUCCAGUGAUCACUGUAGACCUCUUUAAAGUCCACUACCAGUACUUUCACAAGUAUGGAGCGGCACUCGAGAGCGGAUACGAUGUCAUUGAUCUCGUCUCUGGUAACCCUCGUAACAUGGUAGACACUUGGUUUUUUCGCAAGGUGUGCGAAUUCUUAAAAGGCAACAAUAAGGGCAAAGACAAGGAUAUGAUCAUCCCCAAAAGCCCCUUUUAUACAUGGGACAAUAUAAUGGUAUCUAAUAAUGUAGAGUUGUACAACUAUGCCAAGACAGUGAUGCCGAUGCCCGACACUAAAGGGUUGAAGCAAAUGUUGUAUGUUGUGACGAGUCCGCCACGGGCUAUCCCACACUACUCCUCCUAUGGAACGAUUACGAGACCGUCAGGCACCAAGUUGUUAAAGGCACUACUACAAGACCUCAGAUUAAUCGACCCACAAGAGACACAGUGGUUGGAGUGGUGUGAUUACGGACAGUUGGCGGCAAAAGGAUUAACGGAUAUUAUGGAGACCAUCCACAAGUAUGCAGGUGACUAUUAUGUACCUACGUAUAACGUUUUCAUGGUGCAAGCCAUUCAAAACAAGCAAAUCGAAUCGAUUCGAUUCCUAUACAAAGUCAACAAGAUGCCAAUUGGACAGAGGUCAAUGUAUGAGGCUGCUCAUACUUGCGACCUCCCCUUCCUCAUUGCGCUACACAACAUCGAGCCUGAAGCUGGCCGUCUAUACACCCUCUUCCUCCAUGUCAUGAGUUCAAGCUUUUCACAUGGACCAAUGCGUUUCUCGCCCCACCAAACACAUUGGCAAACCUUUCAACAAGAGUUUUACCAACUUGGCAAACAACUCAACUACAUUGACACCAAUCUUCAACACCAAAUAGACACCAAACAGCCAUUCAAAUACCAACCCAAAACUAUUCAACAACACUUUAAAAUAUUUCAACAAUCAAAUGUAGAUGAUUCAUCUAUACCAACUUUAUCAUUCUCAUCAUUUGAUGAUUAA